CCCGGCUCCCUAGGGGUGGUAGUCUUUCCUGGCUCGAAUCAUGGCUCAGGGGACUGAAAACUGCGACCCUAUCGGAAACAUCUUAAUCCAGGUCCAUGAAGACCUUUAUCAAUUGAAGGAGAAAUUAACAAAUUUCUCACUGAAGGAAAGAGGAGAAACUCUAGACAUUCAGUAUCUUGAAACAGCAAUCAAAAGGACUGAAAUGGGGCUAAGAAUUCACAUUGAGAAGUAUUUAAAUGUUGUAAACCAUCAUGUGUUAACUACUCCUGUUAAUGAUGAUGAGUUACAGUCUCCUCACACUUCCAAAUGGUUGCUUCCAGCUGUAAUUGAUCAGAAAUUAUUUAUUUUCCCAUUGGAAUCUGAGGGUAAACUUUGGCAACAUCAAAGACAGCACAGUACAUUUCCACAUGCCUUUCCAAGAAUAAAGCGAAAGAUUGGGUUGAAUGUAAAAAUCAUGCAGGAUCCUGAAAACACCCACCACAGAGCUGCUGUAAAUGCGAACUAUGGAAUCAGUUUGCCUUAUAUUAAUCAGAGAAAAGCAUGUGUUUGGUUUAAGAGCACUUUAUCAUAG